GCCCCUCCCGCGCCCCGCGCAGAGUGCUGGAGUCGCUGCCGCCGAGUCCGGACAUCUUUGCCGCGCACCUCCGACGCCCGCCCGACUUGCAUUCCCGAUUGCUUUUGGUUCCAAAUCCAGUAUGGCAACUCUCAAGGAUCAGCUGAUUCAUAAUCUUCUAAAGGAAGAACAGACCCCCCAGAAUAAGAUCACAGUUGUUGGGGUUGGUGCUGUUGGCAUGGCCUGUGCCAUCAGUAUCUUAAUGAAGGACUUGGCAGAUGAGCUUGCUCUUGUUGAUGUCAUUGAAGACAAACUGAAGGGAGAGAUGAUGGAUCUCCAACAUGGCAGUCUUUUCCUUAGAACACCAAAAAUCGUCUCCAGCAAAGACUAUAAUGUAACUGCAAACUCCAAGCUGGUUAUUGUCACAGCUGGGGCACGUCAGCAGGAGGGAGAAAGCCGUCUUAAUUUGGUCCAGCGGAACGUGAACAUCUUUAAAUUCAUCAUUCCUAACGUUGUGAAAUACAGCCCAAACUGCAAGUUGCUUAUUGUUUCAAAUCCAGUGGAUAUCUUGACCUACGUGGCUUGGAAAAUAAGUGGCUUUCCCAAAAACCGUGUUAUUGGAAGUGGUUGCAAUCUGGAUUCAGCCCGGUUCCGUUACCUGAUGGGGGAGAGGCUGGGAGUUCACCCAUUAAGCUGCCAUGGAUGGGUCCUUGGGGAGCAUGGAGACUCCAGUGUGCCUGUAUGGAGUGGAGUGAAUGUUGCUGGUGUCUCCCUGAAGAAUCUGCACCCGGAUUUAGGCACUGAUAAAGAUAAGGAACAGUGGAAAGAGGUUCACAAACAGGUGGUAGAGAGUGCUUAUGAGGUGAUCAAACUGAAAGGCUACACAUCCUGGGCCAUUGGACUGUCUGUGGCAGAUCUGGCAGAAAGUAUAAUGAAGAAUCUUAGGCGUGUGCAUCCAAUUUCCACCAUGAUUAAGGGUCUGUAUGGAAUAAAGGAUGAUGUCUUCCUUAGUGUUCCUUGCAUCUUGGGACAGAAUGGAAUCUCAGACGUCGUGAAGGUGACUUUGACUGCUGAGGAAGAGGCCCGUUUGAAGAAGAGUGCAGAUACACUUUGGGGGAUCCAAAAAGAGCUGCAAUUUUAAAGUCUUCAAAUGUCACACCACUUCACUGUCUAGGCUACAACAGGAUUUUAGUUGGAGGUUAUGCAUGUUGUCCUUUUUAUCUGAUCUGUGAUUAAAGCCGUACUAUUAAGAUAGCCUGGGAAAAACAUCAGUGUCCUAAAGUUAGAAAUGGGAAUGGUUCGUAAACCCUACAGCUAUAUCCUGACAAUGGACGGUCCUUACCCUGUGUCACCCUAAACUGGUUAAUGGAAAAUAGUUCCACCACUGCUAAAGCACCACUGCCAAUGCUGCACAUGCUGCAGUUGCCCUUUGAACCAGAUGUGUGUUUACCAUGUGUUAUAUAACUUCUGGUUCCUUCACCCAGUAUGCCUCGUCCACCUUUUCCCCAAUCAGUCAUAUCCUGGGAUCCAAUGUAUAAAUCCAACAUUGCAUGUCAUUGUGCAUAACUGUUCUAAAGGAUCAUAUUUUGUGUACUAUAUGUAUCAGUGUACAUUGCCAUAUGAUGUAAAAAGAAAGAUCUACAUUUAAACAAUGCAACCAACUGUCCAAAUGUCACACCAACUAAACCAUCAAAUAAAUAAACCUGGAACAGUGA